CUUCUGUUGUCGCCGUUUUGUUGAGUUAUGCACUAAGUUACGAAUAAGAACCUCGUACCCCUCCUAGUACAUGCUGAAGGAGCGUGUCCUUUCGGUUGACAGAAUUGAGCCAGCUUGCCCGCGAAGAUGGGCAAAAAAUCGAAGAAGAAGGACAAGGGGCCACCUUUGCCGGGGAUCCCAAGGCUGCCGGCGAGCCACCCAAACUACGUCGAUGUGCAGCUGCAGGAGGACAACAUAGACCUCGUAUCGCGGAAAAGCUGGUCCCGGUCGUGGUUGUUUUUAGCUGCCGGUGUUUCUCUUUGUCAUGUGCAAGAAGUGGAACACUUAAACUUAUUCGCUCAGGAUGUGGAAGAUGCGUCUUCGUCUUCCAUCAUGAAGAGAGUGUGUAUGUUGUCUACGUUGCCCUCAAAUUGGGGUCAAAAUCCUAUUCCGUUCUAUAGUAAAGAUUAAGAUCGUGAAUACCUUGCAACAACGACCUGUAUUUUUCGCUUCGAUAAUUUACCAAGAGGAUCGAAACCUUGGAGCGGCAAUUGCUGGUGAAGAAGAGAAUAGAAGAGGUACGACCUGUCUAGUUUCUUGAACUUCGUUUGAAAAUUUUUUUCGGCCGCAAUCGGCACUUAUUUUUGAUAAGGUUCCAGGUCCUUGAACUUGAUGCAGCUUUUCGGUCAUGGUCGACGUGCUGCAACGACGGCUUAGGCUGCUUCUCUGCACUAUAGAUUUAGAUCUUUGUGUUUCCGUUUUCGUUUAGCACUAUAACUAAUAUACAACAGAAUCUCCGGUCCUCGACGAUGAAAACACGAACGCAGCUGGAUCACAUGUAUCGAAAGGAAAAAUCCCCCCUCCCCAUAUCAAAACGGAAUUUCUGAUGCUGGAUUCAUUUGUGUACACAAAUCAGGUUUGUAUUGCAGAGAGGCACUGCGGCCAGAUCCCCAGGCUAGGUAGGGGCGUAUGGGUCUAGUUGUUCAGCAUGGCAAGCGGCUCACUUUUAGGGCCAGCAGCAUGACAAAUCGCUUCCAUAAUGGGGCGGAAGCUUCUGCCCUUGUCUUCUUGCAAGACAAAUGUCAUAUGUGGCCUCAAAUGAAUCAGCAACGCAAAUUUUCGGAAACAUACCUUUUCGAUAUGGGGAGGGGGAAUUGUUCCUUUUGAUAACAUGCAGGAGGACCUUACACUGGAAAAGCGCACUACCUACGCAGUGACUUCCGACCUCACGCGACAAUACAAGGCCAUGCAGGAGGAUCUGAUCCACAAGAUCAACAGUACAGUGAUCGAUGUUGCGUUCUUGUUCUUUCACGAUGUAUGGUUCACGCUCGCUGCUUGACACGCCAGAAUUUGUGAUGCAGAACUUCCUACUAAUUGGAUCGAAAGCGAAAGCGUAAGCUGCUUUUACGAUUACCUGCGGCAGAUUCUAUCAAUCGGCACAACAGGCUUGGAAACGACGUUGACGGAACAGCGAGAAGAAGUGGAUAUGUCACAGCAUGGUAUGAAAUGAAAAGGAGAGGGAUCAUGUUCAACAGCUGUACCAAAAGGCAAAAACAAGGCUCCGCCAUUAAGUUAAGUAGGCGGAGAAAGCUAUGCCAAAACAAAAUUUGAUGCCGGAUGUAAAUGUAAUGCGACUGAAUUUUCCACGAAGACAAAGGUAUAAGAAAUUGGAAGAGGAAGUGCCAUGCCUGAGAGAGGAGUCCGUAUGCGGAACACAAAAGCCUGACGCGGAAGGAAAAAUUUCGGUAGAAAAGUUUGUGUCGCGUUGUUUUUACACUUCUCGCGACGAGUUCACUCAGCAUCCUUCUUUUUCCUCAGUCAUACAGAAACUGCAGGAGCUCGUAAGGGAUAAGAACGACAUCAUCCGCCACAAGGAUCGGGUAAUCGAAGAACUGAAAGUCCGCAUGGAAACGAUGUCCACUGAGUUCGAACAAAUGCUGUCUAUGACCCUGAAGAGCAUGAAGGUAUAAUUUUUUGAGUGCUGUUCGGGGUAGCCUCUACCUUUUCGCAUCAUGAUUCGAAUAAGCCGAGUUAUCUACACCUACACGACAGUCCGCUGCAUGACUAGUAUUUCGUAUCCCGGUCGUCCCGGGCCAAGCCCAAGCUGCUUUCCCGCGAUCGCAUGAGAGAAAAUCCUUCGUUCAACAGGAGCACAUGGCGACCAAGCUGAACCAGGACCAGCGGGAAACGGUCGUGAAAAAUGCCCAGGAUAUUGCGAGGAAAAAUCCCCCCUCCCCAUAUCAAAGCAAAAUUUCUGAUGCUGGAUUUGCGUACACAAAUCAGCCCUGUCUUGCAGUAGAGGACUGCAGGCCUAUAGGAAGCCUAAGUGGAGGGGUUUCGGCCUAGGCGCUCAGCAUGACAGAAGUCUAUGCUGUAGGCCCAACAGCAUCACAAACCGCCGGCAUGAUGCAGGGCGUCUUCUUGGUUUGCCUUCUUGCAAGACAUUUGUGACCAUAAAUCAGCAUCGCAAAUUUCUACAAAUCUACCUCUUCAGUAUGGGGAGAGGGGAUUUUUCCUUACGAUACAGGACAAGCUGGAAGAGUACACAAAAAAAGUAGCAGCCACGGCAAACGCGAGCUCGCCGACGAGGUGACCACACGAGAUGAUCAGCGCUACGAGAAAGCAAAGUUUGGUAAGACAAGCCGGGCUAGUCGAGUACUGGAAAAGUAUUCGACGCAUCCGUCUUCGUUACUUGAACUUGAUAAAGGAGAUUCUUCCACCCAGAUAAAAACUCAGCUCGUAUAACUUGAUGGAGUGAAUAUAACCAAGAAACCCGAUGAGAGAUCGUGAGUUGCAAAAGCUUCACGAAAUCAAAAAAGCCAGAUAAUUGACCAGAACAUUGAUGAUGACCGAAUCCGGGCUAAGUCUAUUGAAGUGAGUGGAAUUCGUGCCUUCAUGUAGCGGCAAGAGGACUAAUGUAGUAAGUAUGAAAGUUUGAAGAUAUUGAUUUUGUACUGUGAGCUGGUAGAAAACGAAAGAACCAGGCCGGCGAAGGCCUCAGAAACCGAAACGGUAUAAACUGAUGUAACCGCUGAACGGUCGUCUAC